CGUAGAACUGUAUCGAUGAUUUUCCUUCCAAGUUAAAAAAAAAACUCAUACAAGUAGUAAUAAAAUUCGUUCCUCAAUACCCACUAAAAACUAUAUUAAUUUAUUUACAAAGUGUAAACAAUGGUAUAACGAGAAAUUGCUGUGCAAUAAAAAAAUUCCUAUUAGAAUCAUGCAUGUAAACAAACUUCCUUUCCUGUUGUUGCCUUUACCUUCAUCUACUAUUUCUAGUUGGCUUGUAUUACGUAACGAAUUGUUUCGCAAAUGCUUGAUAAACAACACUCGACAAAAUUUGAUAAACAACACUAGACAUAAAUCUGACAGUGCUCGUUGUCUAGUUCAAUCCCUCGGUAAUAAUCAUCGUCAACCAAUUUCGAAUAACCAUCUCAGUUUGACCAAUAAUUGCAUUUCAAAUUCAAAUUAUAGAAAUUUAUCCCGGUAUUCUGCAAGCACUAUAAUGCGCCCUCAUACAAAAGCAUUUUCAUUCAAUGACUAUCAUGUCAUUGGUUUCGAUUUGGAUGGAACUAUUCUGAGAUAUAAUUUAGAUGAAGUAGUUCCUAUGGAGCAUGAGUUACUUUGUCGCUAUUUGGUUGAGCACAAGGGAUAUUCCAAUCAACUAUUGGCAUUCCUAGAUAAACCAUGUGAAAUGGAUUUUUUGCAAAAGGGUUUGUUUCUCGAUGCAGAACGUGGGAAUGUCUUAAAAUUAGACAAUAAUGGAUAUAUCCUCAAAGCUAAUCAUGGAACAAGGACCAUGACCGAUUCGGAAAUUUCGAAUGCUUAUGGUUGCGAGAGAAAGUGGUCAGUGACACUCCAGUUUAUCAAUGACCCGUUGUGCGCUUGGAAUGGUCCUCUCGCAGAAAAAAUGCGUUCUUUGCUUGACUAUUUCGAUAUCAGCGUAAGUUUGGUAUUUGCCCAUGCCAUUGACGAGAUUGAUGCUAAAAGAAAACUUAACAACACCACCGAUCAAUCUCCAUACAAUGUGUGGGCUGAUAUCUUAGAAGCCUUGAUACACAUUUAUACCAGAGAGAACUUUAGUAAUGGAAAGAGUGGUUAUUUUGAAAAAAUUAAAAGCCAACCAGAUCGUUAUUUAUUGAAAACCAGUCCAGUAGUUAUCGAUUGGCUGCGAAAGCUUAAAGAGUCGAAUAAGAAACUCUUCCUAUUGACCGGAUCGCAUAUAGAUUUUGCAAAUUUCACUGCCUCCUAUGCUCUGGGUGAGAAUUGGAGAGACUUAUUUGAUGUUGUGAUAUGUUUUGCCCGAAAACCAGGUUUCUUUCAUGCUGGGCGAGAAUUUCACCAAAUCGAUGGUUUCCGAGAAGCUGAUCCAAUAAACUUGGAUGAGAAUUUGGAAUUUAACAAAGUUUAUUCAAUGGGAAAUUGGAAACAGUUGCAAAAGGCGUUUGCUCAAAGUAUCGAUAUUGAUGUGAGUGAUAUGAGGUCUUUGUAUGUGGGAGAUAAUCUUAUUCAAGAUGUAUACGCUCCGGAAGCUUUGGCUGGCAUGGAUAGUCUUGCUAUAUCGGAGGAAAUGCUUUCUGAGUCUGAAGAAUCGGAAUUGCCAAAUCAUUUUAAAAAGAUUAUUGCAUCGAAUUAUUGGGAGUCGUACUUUUAUGAAGAUGGAGUGCCAACACUUUGGACGCACAUUGUAGCCAAGUACUCAAAGAUGUGUGUUCCGACAUUGGAACAUGCAGCAGCCAAGCCAAUUGAUUAUGAAUUUAGAAUGAACAAUGAAAUCGGUUUCUAUCCAUCGCCACCUGUAGUCGUAGAGUAGAAGGAAAAAUAAAAACAAAAAUUCAGAAAAAAGCACAAAAAAUUGCUUACUAUGUGACUUUCUAGCUUUAACAAAUAAUGCAAGUUAAAAAAAGAAUCCAGUAUAGAUAAUGCGUUUUAAUUUAUAAGA